AUGGAAGUAAUUCCACUUUCUGGUGCUGAAUUGAAGAAUAACAGUUAUCAACUCGGGAUAAAGAUGUUAGAACUAAAUGCAUUACAUGAUAUUAAAGAAGAAGAAGAUAUAGAGUUGACUCAGUUGAAUAGCAACGUCUCGUCUAUAUGUAGUCGACAGAUGCCUUUGGCAACUUCACCACCUCUCACGGCCCAUGCAAACACAUCUACGGAGAGUAUAGCAUAUUCAACUAACGGCGCUAAUGAUACAGUCCUGAUACACAAUGAAACUUUUAAUAAUGAUAACAGCGUACAGUUAGUGACAAGUAAUAGUAAAGAUGAAUUGAAUCUGCUCCCGCCAUUACCAGAUAACUCACGUAAUGAUGAUGACAUAAGUAGCAAUAGCAAUACUAAUAGUAAUGAAAUGAAUAUGAGUAAUAAUAUCCAAAAUAUGAAAACAAUCUUAGCUGAAAAUAAUGAAAACGUGAAUAUACAUAGUAAUGAUAUAAAAAAUUAUGAAAAUUUGCAAAAUGAUGUAGCGGGACUAGGUUUGAAUAUAGCAGAUUUAGAUCAAGCUUUGCAUUCACCUAGAAAUUAUAGUGAACAACAUUUUAUCAAUUCAACUAGUGAUUCGGAUAGUAAUGAUAUCCUUGAUCCAGAAUCCAUAGCGGAGACUUCUUUUGAUUUAUCGAAAGCAUUAAAAAUUCCACAAAAUUUCAACAUACAACAACAAGGUAUCAAUUCUCCAUUGAGUGGUAAUAAUAUCCUUAACAGCACAGAUAUCCUGUCAGAUGUCAAUAACUCCGUUAACAGCAAUCCAUAUGAUAUGAAUACUGCAUCGAAUAAUCUUAACAUAAACAAUAAUAAUGGUACAUUGUCUCCAAUAAUAACAAGUCCGAGGUUACUCUUGAAGAAAAAAUUCUCAAAUGUUAUGUUGAAUUCAAAUAGCGGUAACAUUGCUAAUUCAAAUAUUCCAGAUGAUGGCCAAUCAUUUCAACCUAUUGAAUUUCCAAUAACAUCAUCACCUGCUGAUAUUGAACACUCCCACUCGUCAUCGUCAUCGUCACACGACACUAGUACUAUUGCAAGUGUCAUAAAGCAAUCUAGAAAUCCAUCAAGAAAAAUUAGUAUAGGAAGUAGCCACUCCAUUUCGACUAACAAUUCAAUGAAUAUACAUUAUAAAAAUUUGAACCAAGAUGAUUUAUUAUACAAUCUGCCAAUUAGAACAAAUGGAAAUCCAAUUGAAAAUAUCUAUCGUACACGUUCUGACUCUACUUCUUCUUCAAUGAAGCAUAUGUUAGAAUCUGCUCCUCUAGAAAGUUCCUCAAGUGAGAAACGCCCGCCAUUACUUAAAAGAGCCUCCAGUGCAUUGCUAAGAAAGACGUCGAUGAUACAUAUUUCAAACUCUAAUAGCGUGCAAAAUAAUAAUAAUAUAAAAAAUGAUAUUUCAGCUUCCCCUUCAAUGAGUACAGCCUCGAGCUUUGAACCACCAACUUUUGAACAAUUAUCUGAUAAAUUAAAUUACAUUGCUCAGACAACUUCUAAUACUAAUAACCCCAAUUUUGAUUUACAAUCAAUAACAUCUUCAUCGUAUCUCAGUAGAAAAGAUGAUAUUUCUAGAAAUCCAUCAAUAGGUUCAAGAGUUAAGAGAAGUUUCUCAAGAAUUAUUAGCAACGGUGGUGACUCAGUUAGAAGAGUUGUUUCGAACUCUAAUUUAAGAGAUGAAUCUCCAUCUCCAAUAUACAUGAAAAACUCAAACCUAUCUAGUUUGUCCACCAAUCAUAUAAAUAGUAGCGAGCGUAUAUCCAGUAUGCCUGUACGACUUUCAGGUUCUGGUAGAAAUGCAUCAAUGCCCUCUAAUUAUCGGAGAAUCGGGUCGCAUGGUGCUGGCAUCACAAGGAGUUUUUCAGCUACUGAUGCUAUCAAAACAUCCAGCACCAACAUUUCAGAUUCAAGGAGUUCAUCGGGCAGAAGUAAAUCCAGCAGAACAGGAUCACUAAAAGCCAGUUCUUCUAACAAUGGUUAUGAAUCUAACAGAAACAACCUUAAUAACAAUAUUUCCCAAGUUCCUGACCUAAGCAAGUUAAAUAUCAAUGCAUUGAAAGUCAAUGUUGAGAAGAUUACAAAGUCUGUACCGGUGAUCUCUGUCACUGACGAUUUCAGUUCAAAACAUUCUAAUAAUUAUCAAAUUCAAUCCAAUAUACGUUUUGACGAAGUCUACUAUGGUAAGGCCAACAAUGAAGAAAACGUAAUUGAAAGGACUAGUUCACCGACGGAUGAAAAUGGUAAACUUCCUGAGAAAUUGAAAGAGUUGACCAUCAAAGAGUACAUAAAUUUACUGAUAAAACAACAAGAUGUUGAAGAUAGACGUUUGCAAUAUCUUGAAGAGAGUUUUUCCAAAUCCGGAUGGUCUUCAGCAAAUGACCUGGAAUUGUUAAGAAUGAAGAGAGUUGCAAUAAAUAAAAAAUGGGCUGAUAGGAUAUCAUUCUACCAAAACAAACUCGAUGCAUAG